UGCCAGAGCUGCAACGCAUCUUCUUCACCCAUCCUUUCUCCCCAUCGGACCAGCCACUACUGCAGUGGGUUGCCACCGCUGCUUUUCACUCCUCGGCCACCAUGUUGCCGGCGAAGCCGCGCCGUCACUUUCUGCUGCCUGCGAGCUUGGGCCAUCAAGUGCAUCCAGCGGGAUCGGGGUCGCCGAUGGGCGAGCUCGCGAGCGCAUCCAGCAGGGCCAUGCUGCGACCCCUCGGGGCAUCCGGCUACGACCAGAGUUGCCGUCGCCGUUGAUGAAGUUGCUGGAACCACCACUCCGGCGUGCUGGAAGUACCAGGCAGAGAAGCUGCAACCGGCGGGCACCCAUGUUGGGACCGUCAACAAUUUUUGCUGGAACCGGUGUCUGAAUUUGCUGGGGAACCCGCACAGAUCGGUGGCCACGAGCGGGACCUCGCCAGAGCUCCUUGGGUACGGCAACAACAGCGGUGAGCGAGGGGCGGUGAUAUGUCCGUGGGAGCGUGUGGACCUCCAUCUCGCGAGCGGUGCGAAGAAAGAAGACGACACGGGUGGAAAGGACCAAAUCCAACGGUUGCAUAGGAAUAAAUCUGGUGGUUGUGCGCUGACCGGCCCAAAUUUGGGCCGGUCGACCGGCGCCUAUCAUCACCCUUCCCAGUAUUGCACUUUGAGGAACAAUCCCCAGCCCAAAUAUCAUGCCAGAAUUUAAUUUUAUUACCAUCUCCGAUCUUCCAAGUAUAGAAAGUUUCUAUCUCUCAAGCCAAGCCUCGACUGUUUGCGAGCCUGAGCGUCGCGACCCGAGCCACGAGCCUGCUUGGCUCGAUUCCACCCCUCCUAUAAACAAGAAAGUGCCUCCUAUAAUCCCCCUUCCCCUCUUCCAACCUCAGUGUUCCCUCCAUUUCCCGCCGCGUUCUCCGGGCCCGAACCGCCACUUCCUCCUCGGCGACCACGGCCGCGGUGUCCGCCGCCGGGCGAUCCAGCGCCUUCCUCCCCGUGCGGACCCGCCCUGGAUGGCCGGGAGAGCCUCUUCCGUGGAGCGCGUGAAGGAGCGUGCCACCGGCCUCGACAAGUUCGUCCUCCGCGAGGCCCGCGGCAGCUCCGCCGAGGUCACCCUUCCCUCUCCUUCCCCCAUCUAAACCCUAAUCCACGCCAUCUCUGGUACUCGAUCGAUACCUUCGUGCGCUGCCCGUGGUAGAAAUCGAAGCUUUUGCUCGACCUGAUCAUUCGUCUCGCCGCGAUCCACACAAAUCGGUUGGUUUUAGUUCGUCGAAGAGUUGGGCAGGACUGAUCGGGUGUAUCUGCACAGUCAUCGCAAGAAAAGAAAAAUGCAUUUGCACUGUCACAGUAAAUAAGUGGGUAAUUAAGUCUGUACUUGUUGUUAACUGUGGUUUACUAGAGGGAUUAAUGCAAUUCAUGUUGAAUAAAUGUACCUGAGUUGCGACCAUGUAGGAGAUAAAGAUAGUUCGGUCAAUGCCAACUUUUGUUUGACCCUUGACAUUGGUGGAGGCGCAUGAUAUUUUCCCCGCGAUUCCAUGAUUUUUAAUAGUGAUUGAUUGGAUUGUUCAGCUAUGUGGAUAAAUGGUUGGUCCGGUGUGGGCUCUGUGAUGUCUUCGCUUAGCUGUGUCUUAACCUGGUCUUGCCAAUAUCCUUUUGGUGUACUUGGCAUGUUCAAUGUUCACUAUUUUUUUUUUGUUAAAAUUACUUGGUCAUGACUGAUGGCCUGGCCUGCUCAUCCUUCAAAUUUUAUUGUAUAUUUUUUAGAGUUCUUAUUAAUUGGCGCCAGUGAACAAAUAGGAACAUUUAAUUCGUGAACAUGCAAGAUGCCAGCACUGACUUAUUCUGAAAAGAAUUGGCAUGUAUUGUUUUAAUUGUCUCUGGAGUAUAUUAUAAAGGUUCUGGACAGCUCGGCUGAAUAAUAAUUUAUCAGGCUGAUGUCCUAUCAAACCUCGAUGUGACACUGUUGGUAUGCCCCUAGUGUCGACAUUUGUGCUGCCAAACUCGUCAAUUAAUUUCUAUUUUAUAGUAUUUCAGUAUUUCAGAAAAACCUGAUGAUGAAGGUUAAUGCAAAUAUUCCAAUAUUAUCUCCCGUCCUCUCUUGGACAGUUGGACAUAGGAACACACGUUCUUCUGCACAAUGGGGGGCAAAUCUGUUGGACAGUAUUUAGAAUUGCUAGGACAUCAUACUUAUUUGAGUUGUUUCAUUAAACCAGUUUCCAUCUCUUUGCUUUGGCAAUGCAAACUGAAGUGUGAUCUAGUCUGAAGUAAUUACGGCUGUAUGGUUAGCUCAGUGCCUCAGUAGCAAAACUUCAUAUAAAUCUAUGUUUAUAAUCUUAUCUAGUUGAGCUUGAGCCAGUCCUGAAGCAGUUAUGUCUUCAUUAAGGGCAUGCUUUCGAGGAAUUGAUGUACAAUACAAAAAGUAUCGGUAACAGUUUCCCUACCAUAAGGAUAAUACCGCGUUGCUUGAUUAUCCAUCCAACUGAACAGGUAUACUUGUAUGGAGGCCAAGUAACCUCUUGGAAAAAUAACUCUGGAGAACAACAGUUAUUUCUCAGUAAGAAGGCUUCUUUCAAACCACCAAAAGCGAUUCGUGGGGGCAUACAAAUUUGUUUUCCUCAAUUAGGGAACCACGGAGUUGUUGAACAGCAUGGAUUCGCGAGGAACCGACUUUGGAGUGUUGAUGAGAGUCCUCCUCUUCCAGAUACCACUUCUGAUUGUCAUAUUGACUUGAUACUCAAGCAGUCUGAAGAAGAUAUGAAGACCUGGCCACACAGUUAUGAACUUCGUUUGCAAGUUGCUCUUAGCCCGAGGGGAGAUCUGAUCCUCACAUCUCGAAUAAAAAAUAAGAAUGCUGAUGGCAAGCCAUUCCAAUUUACUUUUGCAUACCACACAUACUUUUCAGUCUCUGAUAUCAGCGAAGUACGGGUUGAGGGUUUGGAUACCUUGGACUAUCAUGAUAAUCUGCAAUCUAAGAUUCGUUGUACUGAACAAGGCGAUGCAGUUGUAUUUGAAUCUGAAGUGGACAGGAUAUAUCUAAGUGCCCCACCCAAGAUUGUGACAAUUGACCAUGAGAAAAAAAGGACAUUCGUAUUAAGGAAAAAGGAACUUCCAGAUGUUGUUGUUUGGAACCCAUGGGACAGGAAAGCAAAAGCAAUGCCAGAUUUUGGUGCCGAGGAGUACAAGUGCAUGCUGUGUGUAGGGGCUGCACGUAUUGAGAAGCCAAUUACUUUAAGGCCUGGUGAAGAGUGGCAAGGAAGGCAGGAAAUUUCCCCUGUGCCAUCCAGUUACAGCAGUGGACUGUUGGAUCCUGAAAUGAUUCAACAGAUGCAACGUAUCUAGAUCUUUUGGUGGUUGAAAUGCUAUGAAGUCUCUUCAGUGUCAAUAAGAUAAUCUGGAUGUUCUUCAUCCAACUUCCAGCUUUCUUUUUUGUGUACAAUUCCAAAGUAGCCUGUGGUUUUUCUGGAGCAGCACUGGAGUUGAAAUCUCCAUCGUGAUUUAAAGGAGGCGGAGAAUUUUUGUCUAUCUUUAGGGACUUUAUGUACAUUCAUAAUCAGUCGCUUUACAUUACACCAUUUUUUUGCCCUAUUAUAGGAGGCUGAUUUGAAACUGCACAAAUAGUAUUGUGUCAAUUUUGAGUUGCCUCGUGCCAUAUUGCAGCACUUUACCCGUA